UGUCGCGCUCUCUACCUUAUCCUAAUCGCUCACCACUCGUACAGCCGACAGCUGCCACUAUUGCGCAGCUACGCCAGCAUCUUUUCUAUUUGAUUGAGUGCUUUUGCUUCGUGGAGCCAGCAGGGACAGCUCGGUCCGCUCUCGCGCUCCUACCCUCGUCGCGCGCACCCGACGACAACCACGAGCAGCCGCUGGACCUUUUGGGCGCUUUGACGAAAAACAUAGCUUUCAAUGAGCUGUAGUUUCUUCUUGGAGCUCUCUUUUUUCACGAAAGAACGUCCCGAGUCGCGCGGUUCUCCUUUGGCUUAACGCCGACAGCUCGGGUGUAAAGCCGAUAUGAAUCCACCACAUCGCGAAGGGUGGCCGCCGUCACAAGGUCCACCCCCUUCAGGCGCACAACAAACGGAGCAAGCUCAAGCACAGUCAGGACGCCCCAUGGGCGCGUUUGGUCCGCCCAACAACGCAAAUGCGAAUUCUCAACCAUCUGCACAAGCUUCUCCUUCUCAGGGCUCAGCACACGUUCUUCCUCCACCGUCUGGCGGGCCUUUCUACUCUUCGAGCGCGGCUUCCGCACAUAAUCAGAAUCUGCCAGCUCUCUCGGCGAUGAGUGGCGGACCCUCUCCACAGCCUCCUACCCACCAAGCGGCUCAGCGACCACCUUCCUCAGAGUCCGGACCCGCGGCAAUGAGCGUGCAAGGAACCCCGCAAGCACCGUCAUACUCACUUCCGGGUAUCUCGCAAACACUCCAUCAGCCACAGAUGCAGACUUCAGAGCAGGCAAAUAUGGCGCGGGAGCGAGAGCUGCGCGAACACGAAGCACGAGAGAGGGAGAUACAUGCCGCUCAGCAGCAUGCCGCACAUCAAGACGAGUUGAAGCGGCAAGCUGAACAAAGGGACCGCGAGAUUCACGAGCGACAGCAACAGGAACUCGCGGCUCGUGAGAAUCAUGCUGGCCCGAUGCAGAUCCAUCAACCGGUGGCAGUCGCCCCGUCUGCACGCUCUAUACAUGGCCCCAAUGGAUUGCUUGGACAACCAGGACCACUGGGACCUCCUCCCUCGGGCCCGCUGGGUGGCCCUUUGGGUGGACCAAACGCACCUGCGGCAAUGUUUGGCAAUGCUCCAGGCCAGCCGGGCGAUACGACUCCGCGAAUGCAACAUGCCGUGCAGCCCCCUCAUCAGACCUCUAUGCUGGUGCCUUUCGGUGGUCCGCCUGGGGCGCCGAUGGCUAUCGGUCAGGGCCAGCAGCCGAUUUUGAAUGACGCGCUCAGCUACCUUGACCAAGUCAAAGUUCAGUUUGCCGACCAUCCCGACGUCUACAACCGGUUCCUCGAUAUCAUGAAGGACUUCAAGAGCAGCGCCAUUGAUACCCCGGGUGUGAUUGAGAGAGUCUCAACACUAUUUGCGGGUAACCCGGACCUCAUCCAAGGGUUUAACACUUUCCUCCCACCUGGAUACAAGAUAGAGUGCGGAACGAAUGGAGACCCAAAUAAUAUUCGGGUGACGACGCCGAUGGGGACAAUGGUUUCAACGAUACCCACAGCCCGCCCACUCUCUCCACCUCGGAGUGCCGCUGUCAAUGGCGGAGCAUCCCAGGUGAACGAGAGCCCAUACUACGAUGGGGCCCAUGGUCGUCAGUGGCAACAGGGCCGGCCGGACGCUCAGGAAGGCGUAUUCUCCCCCGAUAACCGCGCCCAAGGCCUGUCUCUGUUUGCUCAACAGGGCCAGCCAGGUCCGCAUCCAUUGUCACCCGAAGUUGCACAUCGGCAGCAUGCGGAAGCUUCGGCGGCAGCUCUCGCACAUCAACAAGAACAGAGAGGUGUUUCACAGCUCCAGAAUGCUGUUUCUGCAGCGACUGGACGGUCCAUCUUGUCGCCUAGUGGAGAUCCCGCGGCGUUGGCUGGGCAGCCUCUCACCAGUACUGCUCAAGGUGGCCAAGUGGGCGGUAUGGUAGGCGAGAAGCGAGGCCCUGUCGAGUUCAAUCAUGCUAUCAGCUACGUUAACAAGAUAAAGAACCGCUUUGCGCAGCAGCCAGAUAUAUAUAAGCAGUUCCUCGAGAUCUUGCAAACCUAUCAACGAGAGUCUAAGCCGAUUCAAGAUGUGUACGCUCAGGUCACCAGUCUGUUCAGCAGUGCACCCGAUCUCCUAGAAGACUUCAAGCAGUUUCUCCCCGAAUCUGCCGCUCAACAUAGGGCUCAGCAGCAAGCUGCACGUCACGCUGAAGGCGCAGCAAUGCUAGACAGCGUCCGUGGGGAACCAUCAUAUAGUCAAGCGCCGCCCCAUCAGCAGACGCCACGCGCAGAUACAUCGAGGCUACCGCCCAUGGGUAACUUUGCGCCAACGCCUACCGCAAAUCGGGACAACAAGCGGAAGCGGGGCGACAGGCAAGGACCUGGACCGGCUGCUGCGCCAAUACCUACCCAGAUGCAACAGGAGAUCCAGACUUCAAGCAUGAGGGGUACGUACGGAGGGCCUGGAAACGUGAACAAGCGCGCAAAGACAGGGCAUCCCGCGAAGCAAACGGUCGUGCCAGAGGGACCACCCAUCUCACCGACGCUGACUCCUGCGUUACCUGUACCUCUCCCACCUUCGACUACGACCACUCCUACUCAAGAUGAGCUUGCGUUUUUUGAUCGCGUCAAAAAGUUCCUUGCGAAUAAGAACGCUAUGAACGAAUUCCUCAAGCUCAUCAACCUCUUUAGCCAGGAUCUGAUUGACAAACAACUACUGCUCUUCCGUGCCCAAGCCUUCAUCGGCGGGAAUCAAGAACUGUACAACUGGUUCAAGAACUUCAUCGGCGGAGAUGACGAUGAAGCCAAGCAUAUACGACCCAAGGCCGUCAACUCCCGUGUCUCCCUGUCUAACUGCCGCAGCUUUGGACCUAGCUAUAGGCUGUUACCCAAACGAGAGCGUGAACGACUCUGCAGCGGUCGUGACGAGCUGUGUCGCUCCGUGCUCAAUGAUGAAUGGGCCUCUCACCCAACCUGGGCUUCUGAAGACAGCGGCUUCGUAGCUCAUCGCAAGAACACUUUCGAGGAAGGACUGCAUCGCAUCGAAGAAGAACGACAUGACUAUGACUUUAACAUUGAGGCUUGCGCUCGCACCAUCCAACAGCUCGAACCCAUUGCCCAGCAGCUCUAUUCCCUGAAAGGCGAAGAUAGGCUCAACUUUACCGUUCCACCGGGUCUAGGCGGACAAAGUCAGACGAUUUACAAGCGAGUCAUCAUGAAAAUCUAUGGCCGCGAGAAGGGUGCCCAGGUUGCCAAGGAACUCUUCAACACGCCUUGGAGUGUUGUACCUGUCCUACUUCACCGGCUGAAAUCCAAGCUGGAGGACUGGAAGGCUGCUCAGCGCGAGUGGGAGAAGGUUUGGCGGGAGCAAACCCAAAAGAUCUUCUGGCGCUCGCUAGACCACCAGAGCUUGUCAGUCAAGCAGAACGACAAGCGACAAUUCCAGCCGAAGUCACUUCUGAAUGAAAUCCAGGUCAGAUAUGAGGAGCAAAAGCGUCUGCAGGAAAUUCAGGAAAUACAGCAGCCGGAUCAUCAAUUCGCUUACUCCUUCAAUGACGAAGAGAUCCUUUACGAUAUCGCAAAGCUCAUGCUUACCUAUGCUGAUAAUAACAAUGGAGUCGACUUUUCCAGAGUUGUCCCCUUCAUCAAAGAGUUUAUCCCGCUGUUCUUCGGUCUUGAUGCGAACAAAUUCGAACAGCGCCUGCAGAAUUAUGGCCAGCGUGAAAGCUCUACCAACGAGUCUGCCGAUGAGAUGCCAAGCGCCGACGAAGAUGUUUCGCAGCGGUCGCACAAACUCAAAAAGGGCGACCUCCGUCGUGGUGUGCUGGAUCCCCGCGGGAAGAGGAAGGAUAAGGAGGAUAGCGUCGCCUCAGCGAGCCGAGACACAACUCCGGAUGUUACAUCUGCUGCUGAAGAAGAUACCGGCGCUGACAGCUCCCACUCCGCGGGGAAGGAUGAACAACGUUCGCCUCGGUGGAUCGACAUCUCCGAUAAGCCAGAGUUGUUCGGUGACCGACCGUUCGAGCAUGACGAGCCAUAUUCCCGCAGCAUGUACAACCUGUACGCCAACUCGUCGAUUUACUGCUUCUUCCGCAUGUUCGUCUACUUGUAUGAGAGACUUCUGAAGUUGAAGGAGAACGAAGAGACGGUUCGGACGACAGUCCAGCGUGCUAAGGCUCACAAGCCUGCGAUGGACCUCAAGAUGAUUGACAAGACUCCUGAUGAUUUCUUCAGGGAUACAUCGGAGUCUGCCAACUACUAUCAGCAGAUCCUGGACAUGUUGCAGGAGCAGAUCCAAGGGGAAAUUGAUAUGAAUCAGAUCGAGGAAGUUUUGCGGCGGUACUACCUGCAGGUUGGGUGGCAGUUGUACUCGUUCGACAGGCUGAUGGGGUCUCUUCUCCGAUUCAGUCUUGCUGUGGUCAGCAAUGACAGCAAAGACCGGACUCUGGACAUCUACAACCUCUUCAAGAGGGACCGUGUCAACGAGUCGACCUCUCACAAAGCCGAAAUUGCUUACAGGAAGGCCGUGGCAAAGUUUGCGAAAGACGCCGAUACCUAUAGGAUCGCAUAUGAUUCGCAGAAGAAGGAGGCUUACGUUAGGCUCUUUAAGAAGGAUGAUCCUACUUACGAAUUCACAAUGCUCGAUAGAGUCAGGCGUUGGCGUGCAUACAGCGCCGCCUACUACCAGAAUGAAACGACCGAGGGCGUUGAUAUGAGCAAGGUCGAAGUUCCAUUCUGCAAACGCUCAUAUCGCACUGCGCGGGACACGGCAGAUGAGGAAUAUGAGCCAGACGACUCUUUCGGCAGGACCACCAUCCAGAUCAACCCAGUCAACUACACUAUCCGCUUUAUCUCCAGCGAACCCUACGGCUCGGGUGGUGUCGAACACAUUGUGCAUUCCGGCAAGGUUCGCUCUGGCUUGAGCGAUGAAGGCGUCAAAUCCGCCGAAGACUUUACAGCUUUGAAGGAGUCCAGGCGGGAGCGUGCGCAGGAGCUGCUCGUCCGCAACACAAACUGGAUGAAAGAUGUCAGCCGUGAUGACGUAGAUGCCAGGAAGGCGGCGUUCAAGAAACGCAUCGAGCAGCCUGAGGCGGUGGCUGAGUCCACGGACGUCGAGAUGACGGAAGCUUAGGAAUCUUUUGUCGGACCUAAGACAAACCAAGAGGUGCUCGGUAGACGAAUAUUUUGAGACCAUGGAGAGGACGUAUGCUGCUAGGAGGUCCUCGAGGGAGCCUUGGGGAGAAGGAAUCUUCGAGGUUGAUGGCAUUUAGGCCCCGUCGAAACCAAUUCAUGACGCGAGGAUGUACUGGAAAAGAUGUCAUAGGCCCG